GCGCGGAGCCGGGGGGCGCAGCCUCAGCAUGGACGUGACCGUCUCGGAGCUCAUGGAGCUCUUCCUACAGAGCCCGCUGGUGACCUGGGUGAAAACUUUUGGCUCGUUUGGAAGCGGCAACCAGGACAACUUGAGUCUGUAUAUGGAUUUAGUGGACGGCAUCCUUUUGAACCAAAUCAUGUUGCAAAUAGACCCCCGGCCCACCAAUCAGCGCAUCCACAGGCACGUCAACAACGACGUGAACCUUCGCAUCCAGAACCUGACCAUCCUGGUGAGAAGCAUCAAGACCUACUACCAGGAAGUUCUCCAGCAGCUGAUCGUCAUGAAUUUGCCCAAUGUUUUGAUGAUUGGCAAAGACCCGUUGUCUGGCCCCCGGGGUGCCUUACUCCUGGGUGGUGUUCUAGUGGAGACCUUGUGGGUGUUUGGAACCCCGGCUGGGGCCUCCUGGUGGUUGGAGCUCAGGUCUGCUCCGGAGGCCAUGGAGGAGCAGGAGAGAAGGAGGCUGGCUUCUGAGCCAACAUGCGGCCCUGGGUGUGCCCUCGCUCAAGAACACGCUUCUGUUAAUGUCCACCACCCUUCACAGUGUGAGAGGAAGGAGGAGUUCAUUGAGAGAAUCAAGCAGCUGGACAUCGAGACCCAGGCGGGCAUUGUGGCCCACAUCCAGGAGGUGACCCACAACCAGGAGAACGUGUUCGACCUGCAGUGGCUGGAGCUGCCCGACGUGGCCCCUGAGGAGCUGGAGGCGCUGUCCAGGAGCAUGGUGUUCCACCUGCGCAGGCUCAUCGACGAGCGCGACGAGAGCACCGAGCUGAUCGUGGACCUGACGCAGGAGCGGGACUACCUCCAGGCGCAGCACCCGCCCAGCCCCGCCAAGUCCUCCAGCGCCGACUCCACGCCCAGCCCCACCAGCAGCCUCUCCAGUGAGGACAAGCAGCACCUGGCUGUGGAGCUGGCCGACACCAAGGCCCGACUGCGUCGUGUCAGGCAGGAGCUUGAGGAGAAGACAGAGCAGCUUGUGGACACCAGGCAUGAGGUGGAUCAGCUGGUGCUGGAGCUGCAGAAGGUCAAGCAGGAGAAUGUCCAGCUGGCGGCUGAUGCGCGGUCUGCCCGUGCUUACCGGGACGAGCUGGACUCGCUGAGGGAGAAGGCGAACCGCGUGGAGAGGCUGGAGAUGGAGCUGGUCCGCUGCAAGGAGAAGCUGCAUGACGUGGACUUCUACAAGGCUCGCAUGGAGGAGCUGCGGGAAGACAACAUCAUUCUAAUUGAAACCAAGGCCAUGCUGGAGGAGCAGCUGACCGCUGCCCGGGCCCGUAGCGAUAAAGUCCACGAACUGGAGAAAGAGAACUUGCAGCUGAAGUCCAAACUUCAUGACCUGGAACUGGACCGGGACACAGAUAAGAAGCGGAUUGAGGAGCUGCUAGAAGAGAACAUGGUCCUCGAGAUUGCCCAGAAGCAGAGCAUGAAUGAGUCGGCCCACUUGGGCUGGGAGCUGGAGCAGCUGUCCAAGAAUGCAGAACUGUCGGAUGCCUCCAGGAAGUCAUUGGUGUCUGAGCUGAACGAGUGUGCCUCCAGCCGCAUCCUGAAACUGGAGAAGGAGACCCAGAGCCUGCAGAGCACCAUCCAGGGGCUGCGGGACGCGUCCCUGGUGCUGGAGGAGAGCAGCCUCAAGUGCGGGGAGCUGGAGAAGGAGAACCACCAACUCAGCAAGAAGAUUGAAAAGUUACAAACCCAGCUGGAGAGAGAGAAGCAGAGCAACCAAGACUUGGAGACCCUCAGCGAGGAGCUGAUCCGAGAGAAGGAGCAGCUGCAGAGCGACAUGGAGGCCCUGAAGGCUGACAAGGCCCGGCAGAUCAAGGAUCUGGAGCAGGAGAAGGACCACCUCCACCGAACGGUAUGGUCACUGCGGGAGAGGUCGCAGGUCAGCAGCGAGGCCCGUGGGAAGGAGGUCGAGAAGGAGAACAGAGCCCUGCACCAGGCCGUGGCGGAGGCCAGCAGCCAGCUCGGCCAGCUGGAGGUGGAGAAGCAGCAGCUGCACAGGGACCUGGAGCAGGCCAAGGAGAAAGGGCAGCGGGCAGAGGCCCUGGAGAAGGAGCUGCGCCGGCUGGAGGAGGAGAACGAGCAGCUGGCCAGGAAGGCGGCCUCCCUGAAGACGGCCACCGAGAAGGCGGAGGCCCUGGAGCACCAGAGCCGGGGCCUGGAGCUGGAGAACCGGACGCUGAGGAAGUCCCUGGACACCCUGCAGAACGUGUCCGUGCGGCUCGAGGGCCUGGAGCGGGACAACAAGCAGCUGGACGAGGAGAACCUGGAGCUGCGCAAGAUGGUGGAGACCAUGCGCUUCACCAGCGCCAAGAUGGCGCAAAUGGAGGAGGAGAACCAGCAGCUGGAGCGGGAGAAGGAGGAGCUGCGCAGGAACGUGGAGCAGCUGAAGGCCUUGGGCAAGAAGUCAGAGCGCCUGGAGCUCAGCUACCAGGGCAUGAGCGCCGAGAACCUGCGGCUGCAGCAGAGCUUGGAGAGCAGCGGCCACAAGGCGCAGGCCCUGGAGCGGGAGCUGGCCGAGCUGGAGGCUGAGCACCAGGCCCUGCGGCGAGACCUGGAAGCCCUGCGGCUCACCAACAGGCAGCUGGAGAGAUCCGAGGGGGACAGGAAGGCCCUGGAGCAGGAGGUGGCCCAGCUGGAGAAGGACAAGAAGCUGUUGGAGAAGGAGGCCAAGCGCCUCUGGCAGCAGGUGGAGCUCAAGGACGCCGUCCUGGACGACAGCACCGCCAAGCUGUCGGCGGCCGAGAAGGAGAGCCGCGCGCUGGACAGGGAGCUGGCCCGCUGCAGGGACGCCGCCAUCAAGCUGAAGGAGCUGGAGAAGGACAACAGGGACCUCACCAAGCAGGUCACCAUGCACACGAGGACGCUGACCACCCUGAGAGAGGACCUGGUGCUGGAGAAGCUGAAGAGCCAGCAGCUGACCAGUGAGCUGGACAAACUGAGCCAGGAGCUGGAGAAGGUCGGCCUCAGCAAGGAGCUGCUGCUGCAGGACGAUGACGGCCACGGUGACACAAAAUACAAGAUUUUGGAGGGCAGAAGCGAAUCUGCAUUGAAGACAGCCCUGGCUGUGAAGGAAGAGAAGAUCGCGUUCUUGGAAGCCCAAGUGGAAGAGAGAGCGGGCCUGAACCUCCAGCUGCAGAGCGAGCUGCAGAGGGUUAAGGAGGAGUGUGAGCAGCUCAGGCAGACCCAGGAGCACGGCCCGCAGGCACAGAACUCGCUCAGGCACCCUGUGGGCAAGGCCGUUGCCGGUCACCAGGAGGAGGCCUGGGGACCCAGCCAGCAGGAGGCCACGAUGGAGCUGCUCCGCGUGAAGGACCGAGCCAUUGAGCUGGAGCGGAAUAACGCAGCUCUGCAGGCAGAGAAGCAGUUGCUCAGGGAACAGCUGCAGCACUUGGAGACGCAGAACGUGGCCUUCAGCAACCAGAUCCUGACGCUGCAGAAGCAGAGCGCCUUCCUGCAGGAGCGCACCACCACGCUGCAGACGCAGACUGCCACGCUGCAGGUACUGCGACCCGGGCACCGGGACCCCGAGAAGGAGCAGCCGAGUCGUCGGGUGAGCUGCCAUCCGGAAGGCCGGAGCCAGACUCCCGCGGUUUCCCUCCACAGGCACGGGGACUUGGUGAAGCAGAAGGCAGAGCUGGACGCGCUGCAGGGCGCCUUGACCUCGGAGCGCGAGGCGCUGCAGCAGGAGCGGCGGACACACGCCAUCACCACGGGCGAGAACCAGAAGCUGCAGGGAGAGCUGGACAGGGUCACUUUCCUGCACCACCAGCUGAAGGGGGAGUAUGAGGAGCUGCAUGCCCACACCAAGGAGCUGAAGACGGCGCUCAACAGCUCGCAGCUGGAGCUGAGCCGCUGGCAGGCGCGCUUCGACGAGCUCAAGGAGCAGCACCAGAGCAUGGACCUCUCGCUGACCAAGCUGGACAACCACUGUGAGCUGCUUUCCCGGCUCAAGGGGAACUUGGAGGAGGAGAAUCACCACCUCCUGAGCCAGAUCCAGCUGUUGAGCCAGCAGAACCAGAAGCUGCUAGAGCAGAACAUGGAGAGCCAGGAGCAGUACCACGAGGAGCAGAAGCAGUACAUAGACAAAUUAAAUGCCUUACGGAGACAUAAGGAAAAACUGGAAGAAAAAAUCAUGGAUCAGUACAAGUUCUAUGACCCUGCUCCAAAGAAGAAGAACCACUGGAUUGGAGCCAAAGCCUUAGUCAAACUCAUCAAACCAAAGAAAGACGGUUCCAGAGAACGGUUGAAGUCAGCCACAGACAGCCCUCCGUUGCAGCUGGAGUCCUCAGGGUCAGACCCUGCCUCGCCACCCCCUUCUCAGCCUCUCAGGUCACGGCCAGAGAACCCCAACACCCCCCCAGUGCGCCUGAACUGUGCAGAAGAGCAUGACACCCACAACGGGACUGUGGUCAAAGGCCCUGGGGAUCUAAAACCAAAGCGAGGGUCCCCACAUGGAGGCAGCCUCGACCACACAGAAGCCUCCACCGACCUGGUCAUGAAGUCCUGGCCGUCCGAGCUGGGCUCCCGGACCUGUUCGGCCUCAGCCAUCACGGCAGCCCCUUCCAGCUCCGCUCCCACCCCCCGGCACCCAGGCCGCACCAAAGGCUGUAAUUCAGAUGACAACCUCUGCGACCCACCUCCGGAGCUCCAGUGCACCCAGCCCAGGCAGCAUGCGUCACGACCAGGCAGCUUGGAGAGCAGCAGGAACACAUCCAGCAACAGCUCACCUCCGAGCCUCAAAGGUUCCUCCGACCAGCUCCAUGGCCGGUCCGAGAGCUUCAGCAGUGAAGACCUGAUCCCCUGCAGGGACCCGGCCACGCUGCCCCGGGAGGCUGGUGCUCCAGGACGCAGUGCCCUUGGCCGCCACGAGAACCCCCCACACACAGGAAUGCGGCCCUGCUCGGCCUCCCCGAGCAGCGAGAUGGUCACCUUGGAGGAGUUCUUGGAGGAGAGCAACCGCAGCUCCCCAAGCCACGACACUCCUCCCGGUUGCCCGGAUGACCUCCUGCUGAGAGACUACUUCCGAACAGCCAAUAAUUUUGUGGCCAUCAGAAGCCUGCCGGGACCACCUGCCAGGAAGGAAGGGGCCAAGAUGCCCGUCAGCCAUGUGGCCCCAAUCAAGAUGGCCAUUGGCACCCCCGAGGGGAAGCAGCCGAAGCCUGGACAUUACAUGAAGCCAAACUUCAGGCCAGCUGAGGCGGAAGCCCCGGCCAGUACACCCCCCAGACAGGCCCAGCCUCCCCAGAGCCUGUCCCUGGGCAGACCCCGACAGGCCGCCGCGUCCUGCACCUCCCACACAUCUGCCAGCCGGAGUGCGUCCCUGAGCCGUGCCUUCAGCUUGGCCUCAGCUGACCUUCUGCGGGCCAGCGGGCCAGAGGCCUGUAAGCCAGAGUCCCCUCAGAAGGCGGGGGGUCUCGAGGCCUCGGGGGGCAGAGAGACAGGCAGCCACAGCCUGCACAGCCCCACACCCCCCAGCUCCCACAGCCUGGCGCGGGAGCGGACCCCACUGCAGGUCUCAGGCCCCCGUAGCCGGCCACUGGACAUGAGGCGCUUCUCACUGGCUCCUCCAAAGGAGGAGAGGCUGGCCCCCCUGCAGCAGUCCGCCACAGCGCCAGCCAUUGCCAUGGGAGGUGGCAGUGGCAGUAGCUCCCAGCUGCAGCACUUCUCACCUGUUGCCACCCCAACUGCCAGGACCAAGCCCAAAAUGUCCCCACAUCCAGGGGAGGUGGCCACCAUCGCCCCUGUCCGGGCAGGGCUCAGCGGCUCAGAGGGAGAUGGGGUUCCAGGGCAGGGCUAUAACGAGGGGCUCCCCGCCAAGAGCCCUGGGAGGUCCCCUGAAUCAGGUCCUCACGGCACCCGGGGCCCCGAGGACCUCAGUCGAGGGGGCAGCUCCAGGAGUGCACCGGCGUCCCCAGAGCCGGGUGGGGACCCCCAGACGGUGUGGUAUGAGUACGGCUGCGUGUGACUGGUCUGGAGGGCCGGCAGCUCCCGAACCUCAGACUGCUGAGCCGCCUUCUGAUCCCGAGGCCCUUCUCCUGGUGCCUGCAGGGCUGGGAGAGGGUGAGGAGGAAGGGGUCCCCACGCCAUGGUCCGGUUUGUUUCCCGAACACGGUGCCAAGCCCCAAGGGGAUGACCGCCAGGUGUGUGAUGCGUCUUCUAUACCUGGAGCUUCCUGCCGGCUGCUGGUGGCUUUGGAACAGAUCCAUUUAGCAUGAGGGCCACUUAGAAAGCGGUGACAAAUCCGACCUGGCCCAGAGCAGACACUAUUUGAGUGGACCCUGGUAGAACACUCGUGUGCAAACCAUUGACUUCCGUUAAAAAAUGCACAUGUGCUCGUGCACGCACACAGCAGGCUCACAGGCUCAUCCCUGGUGGGUCUGGAAACGACUCCCCAAGGCCAUUGGAUCCUGGGAACAGCCCAGACAGGUCCAGUACAAGGACCUGGAUUUCCUUUGCCCCAGGGCCAUGCCCUCAGGUCUGCGAGGCCUGGGCAUUUGUUCUCUCCUCCAGUUGGUUCUGGGGUCCCCAGGCCACCCAGGGACCAGCCUUCCUAGCUCAAUUUCUACAAACACUGGAUCUGCUGGGCCUGGGCCGGGGGUGCAGAGAUGCCCCGGCCCUGUCCCAGGAGCGAGCGUGGGCGGGGGAGGCCUGUGCACAGAGGUGCCUGCUUGGCUUGUGGUAGAGCUGCAGCACCCGGCUUCCCCAUCUCAGGUGGGAUGUUGAUUUCUGGAUAAUUUGGGGGGGGGUUUAAAAACCAAAUUUCUUUUAAUAUAUAUGUACACGCUCGUGAAAUAUAUAUACUUUGGGGGAUCUAUUUAUGUUCCUUUGGGAGUCAUUCCUUCAGGAAUCGUACCUGCUGCUUUGUGUAUUUGGUCAGAUUCCUGACGCGUUUAGUUUUCCUAUUGUAAAGGUGCUUUUCCUGGGAUGGGCUAAACCUAUUGACUUUUUAAAAAGAUUUCCCCCCCCUUUUGAUUUAAUGUGCUGAGAAAGAAAUGGGGAGACUUUUGAAUGUUAACAGGAUCCACUGUGGGAAUGUUUCGGGUGGCGUGUUAAAGAGCCAUCAUUCUGGAACACAGGACAGGGUUGUAAUAAAGCAGAACAGAACAAGCGCG